CGGCAGCCGAUGAGCUGGGAAUAAUGCCCAGCAACUUCACGUCGUCACCCAGGGAAUCCUCACCCAGGGGAGCGGCACACGCACACCCGCGCCAGGAAAAGAACCACGUCGUGCGCCAAAAAUUGCAUUUGCGAGCACGGGGGUCCAAACCCUGCCAAACCGCGUGGGUCACCUCACCCCGGGAACUUGGCCCGCGUCUCGCUCUCCCUUCCGUCGCUCCGCUCCCGAACAAGACGGCGCCUCUCCCUCGCGGUGCUGCGGCGGCGAGUGCGACGAGAUCCAGCCUUGUUGAGUCAGUCCAGGUCCCCGGCCGCCUCCUUCUACUCUCUCCGACCAAGAGAAGGCGCGACGAGGACGAGGACACAGGGGACGACCACAUCCUGGAGCCAGCCAACAUAAGCUUCACUCGUGCCUUCUGCUCCAACUAUUCUCGAUGGCUGCAGGCAUCUAGGAUUUGAGGGUUGAAGAUGGCAAAUGACUACUCUCCAUGAGGAAGUUCGUUCUUUUUUUUUAAUAUAUGGACCUGUCUGCACAAUAGCAUGUAGUAUUGUUGAUUUCAAGAUCCAAGACGAUGAUUUUUGUAUUUGUAAUGAGCAAAUUAAACUAUUUUGCAAUUGUAUGCAUUAUGUGCAUAAAUAGUACGUCUUGGGAAAUUCGCUAUCA